AUGGAGGCCGACAUGCAGCCAGAGGGCUACUCGCACAACCGUCGGGAUGCGACCAUGACUCCCCUGUGCGGGAGCCACCGUGUCGACACCAAGAACUCUCUGCUGCAGAAGUCGAACCUCGGGUGCGUCCGGACGACAUCGUACGACCUGCCGCAGGAUUUCUCGUUCACCUUUGGAAUGGCAAACAAGCCGGACGGCCUGACGGCCCACACGGUAAUCGACAACUGGGCAGAGUUUACGGGGACGAAGAAUGCCCGGCCGCCAAAGGACUUCAAGGCGAUGAACAGGGCGGCACUCAGGGCGGGGCACACCACAGCGAAGGGUGUUCGCGAGCACUCGACAGUGCACGACAUACGCAUGCCUGUCCGGAGCGGCUCGAUCCGUAGGGCGCCGUUCGCUCCGGAUGCUAGCGUCACGGCCGGCACGCAAUCGGGAGAGGCCGAGUCGUUCACCGACCUGAUGGCACACGGCUACCGCUACGACUGGGUCCUCCAGACGGAGCUCGCCGAGAACCUGGGCGGCGGGCGCAAGCUCGGCAAGCCGUCGCCCACUAAGUCGACGAGGCUGUUAAGGGCCGCCGCUGAGCACCACGCCUUGCAGGAUUACAGCUUUCCCCCGUCGCUUCCAGCGGAGUCGACUUGGAAGAUGAACAAGUUCAAAAAUGUCAAGUCCAGGGUGACGGCACUUCAGGCAUAG